UGUUGUUUCAUAUGCAGUAUCAGUGUUGAGAGAACAAUAUGGCUUCUUCUGUGGUUGCUGCAGCCACAGUUCGUGCUGUCAAAGGUAGAAAAAUUCUUGCCACACGAGCUGCGCUUACUUUAACACCAAGUGCAGUGAAAAGAAUUAAGGAAUUAUUGAAGGAUAAAAGUGAAUUUAUUGGCCUAAAGGUCAGUGUGAAACAACGAGGAUGUAAUGGCCUCAGUUACACUCUUGAUUAUGCCAAAGAAAAAUCUAAACUUGAUGAGGAAGUUGUUCAAGAUGGUGUUCGCAUCAUAAUUGAUAAAAAGGCUCAGUUAUCAUUAUUAGGUACUGAAAUGGAUUAUGUGGAAAAUAAAUUAAGUUCAGAAUUUAUUUUUAAUAAUCCAAAUAUCAAAGGGACUUGUGGAUGUGGCGAAAGCUUUUCCGUUUAGAUACCUCAUAAAAUUGUAGUUAAUAUAGAUUGCUUAAUU